GAUGAUUUUCAUAGUGUGGCAUUUGUCAGCUAUGGAAUCUGCGAUAUCUAGAUUCCUCUACAACCGAUGCCACUCCUUCGGACUCUGCUGAUUGAUUAGGAUUGUUUUUGAAAAGUUUCAAGCGUUUUAGACCUGAGAGUUCUGUUUCCUACCAUUCGCAAUACGCUCGAGGUUGGGCAUCUCUUAGUAAGACAGUAUAAUAUUAGCCUCCUUUUUUGGCGUCACUAAAUGUACAAAGAUUUCAUUCUUCUCUCUUCUCCAUUUCAUUUUAAAAUGGAACCACACCCAUUACACAUUCCGGAAAUAAUUGAGAUGCUAGCCUCAUCUCUCACUCGAAAGGACCUCGUAAUCUGCCUCACUGUCUCGAAGACUUUUCAUGAUACACUAAUCAGACUUGUAUGGAGAAGCAUCGAUAUUAAAAGCCACCGAUUGCAACAACGGAAGAGGCUUCCUGCUGGCGAAGUGCUUCAGCGCCACAAGCAUUUAAUUGGAGAACUUCAGUUUUCUGGCUACUUCCCGAAAGAAUUCAUGUCUUUACGAGGAUGCAAGAGUCUCCGGAUCGUGCGGUAUCUGGUGCGAGGGAGGAGCACUCUUGAUAUUAAAAGGUUGAGAUCCUUUGUAGAUCUAGUUAGAGCCCAUAAGAACACGAUUCAGGAGGUUGAAUAUGAAUGGGACAUAGGGGAGUCAUCUGAGCUUUCAGAUCAGGAUCUUUGGGGUGUGCUCGUGAUGUGUCCCAAUCUUAAUAUCCUGACUAUCCAUAAUAAGCAGAUAAGAGGUGAGGAUAUUGAUGCAUUCUUUCGGGUCUGCAAGAAACUUCGAUGUUUAGUCUUACGCACCAUUAUAUUUCUGCAACCACCUACUGAUCUGUUGGACCAGGAUAACGAUGUUCUCCUUUCACGUAUUCGCACCUUGGAGCUCAGUAACGUCAUAGUAGUAGAUCCACAUCCACAUUCCUCAAUGUAUUAUCUCGGAAUGCUUAUUCGCAAGUGUCCAAAUAUACGAACAUUGACAUAUGAGACAGACUGUCUUCAGAGUAUUCACUCGCAGGAGCAGAUGAGCCAUGAUUUCAUUAAAGCAGCAUUUCUACAAGACCCAUGGACACUGCCCCACUUGCAAAAUUUAAUUUUAAGACGAGUCCCCUUCAGCGAUAUAGAAAUGGCGGCCGUUCUUAGGCGGAUGACCCAACUUAAACGGCUCCAAGCACCAUAUUGUGAAUUCGGACCACUUUGCCUCCAAGAGCUUCUGAGAGAUAGAGGACUUCAGGACUCGAAGGACUUGAACGAUGAGGGAACCAAAGAGCCAAGACGAUUCUGUGAUAUGUUGGAAGUGCUUGAAUUCAACCAAUACGCUGUUGAAUCGAGAGGCAUGACACAGGCGAUUUUGUCGAGCUGUCCACAGCUUACAAGUUUAUAUGCAAGCAAAAUUACAAUGACUGAAAUUAUCGAUGGGGCAGAAUGGGUUAGUACUGAGUUGACAGAAUUGAUUAUCGACCUUGAAUACGAUCUUGAUACUCAGGAGAGGGAAGGGGUAAAAGCAGAAAGAGAAACCGAAGAAGCUUUGGCACAGCAACGCAUGGUUUAUAACCAACUGGGCAAGCUGAAGAGAUUAAAGACUCUUUAUUUAACAGGAUCUGGCGAUGAUGGAAAGCGGACAGUGGACCUUCGAUUGAUAGCCGGGUUGGAUAAAAUGGCGGGCCUGAAAAAUCUGAGACAUGUAGAAUUCAGAGGCGAUUUUCAUCAACAGAUCCAAGCUGAGGAUGCGAGGUGGAUUGUGAACAAUUGGCCAAUGUUAGAAUACUUGAAUGGCAAUAUGAAUAAGGACCCGAGUAGGCUGCACUUGUUGUCUGAAAUAUUUGAUGCAAAUGAGAUUUUAUACGACAUAUCCAGCAGUCCUUUCCACGUGGGUUUUUAAUGUUACCCCAUGAAAACUGUGGACUAUAAUAAAUAACCUCACUAUUUAUUAUAGUCUUGUAUAAACGGUCCUGACCUAUAUCCUCUCUAUACUCAAGCG